AUGUCCAAUCUGCCUUUACAAUCAGCAGUAAAUCAUAAUGAUGAUAAUGAUGAACAAAUUAAUUCUACUAGUAAUAAAUUAUCAACGUUAAAUAGUCGAAUAACAUCACCGUUAAUUAUUAAACGCCAGCAAAAAAACGAAACCGAAAUAGCGAACAAUCAAGCAUAUGAUGAAAUACACGAUUUACAACCGAAACAUUCCUUAUCAAAAAAAAUAAACAAUGAUAAUUCAUACGUGAAAAAUACGACACGACAAUGUCUAUCACAUCAAAUUAAUUCUCAUGAAUUAAUGCAAGGAAAUUAUUAUGAUCAAAAUCGUUUUAAUGCUGACUGUAAUUCUUCGUCAAAUCAACAGUCGGAACCAAUAUUAAUCAAUAUUAAUGUUGAAGAUUAUAAAAAGACGUUUGCUCCAGUCUCUACAAGUAAAAACAGUAAUAACAAAAAUCGAACGAGGUCACCUCCAUUUGGUGAUACAAGUGAAUCCAUUCAACACGGCAUCGCUCAAAGUGCUGGAAUAUUGCUUGAGCUUAAUAAAAACCCAGAUCAUCACCAUCAUCAUCAAUCUAAAUCUACAAUGAAAACUAGUACAAAAUCUCAUGAACAAGCUGUUAUAAAUUAUUUUCCAAAUGAUAAUGAAAAUACUAAUAAACAACGUUCAUUAUCGCCAUCGUCAUCUGAUUGUUCAACAUCAGAUACGUCAACAUCAAAUAAAAGUCAUGGAGAAAAUACGAAAACAAAUAUACCCUAUGAAAAAUUAGUCAACGACGAUGAUAAUAACGAGGAUGAACAAGUAAUUGAACAAACAAAAAAGCCAUUAACAGAAUCGACUAUUCUAUUAAAUAAAAAUCAUUCACAAACUUAUGGUACACAAUCAACAACAAACAUUCACUAUGAACGCAGUAAAUAUCUAUCCAAUAAUGGUUAUAAUUCUCAUGGUUCUUCUGUAACAACAAAAUCGUCAUCAGAUAAUAGUGGAAGUAUACGUACUAAUUCUGGUACAGAUAAUGAUGAAGAAUCUGACGAAGAACAUUAUAAUAAUUCAACAUUAUCAAAUAAUCCACUUUCAAUGUCGUCGUCUCAUAAUAUAGAUACAUCAAUGAAAUCAUUGAAUAAAACAAGUGAUAUCCAAUAUCCAUAUUCAAACGAACAAAAUCAUUAUCUUUUAAAACAAAUGAAUAUGAAUCAAAUUAGUAAUACUGAGAAGCCUCAUUUACAAGUACCUCGUAUGAAACAAACGCAUAAUGAUGAUUUGAAUGGAAAUGGGAAUAAAUUAAAUCCAACUACCAAUCAUAAUACAAUACUUUUCCCAUAUAAAUCUUCUUCGCAACUAUCAUCUAACAGCCAAACGAAUACUUCAUCGUCUAGUCAUCAAAAUCGAAAUCUUAUUGAACGCAGUGAACAGCAACAACAACAUUCGAAUUCAUCACGUACUAAUAAUACACGUCAAAAUCAAACUCGGGCAACAGCAAAAAAACGAAAACAAUCUCAACAACAAGAUAUUAUAAGAACAGAAUUAAUUCCAGGACAUCGUGGUGAUCUUGAUGUCGAUGAGCUUGUUAUGUUUAUCGAUGGAGAUUCAUCGAAACAACGACAAAAUUCAAUUCCUUUACGUCCAACAGAUACGAAUAAACCUAGAUUAUCUUCAAAAAUAAAUGCUCUAAAUGAUCCAAAUAGUAAUAAAACGUUGUCUCGAAAAAAAUCUCGUAAAUCCAUAAAUAGUCUACACGAAACUAUAUCAUCAACAAAUAAUAAUGAAAAUAAAACAUCAGAUUAUUCAACAACAAUUGAUCAAAAUAGUCAAUCAAUUAAUUUUAUUAAUGAAGAUAAUCAAACAAAAAUACAUUCAAUUAGUGAUAUUACAAAUCAGCCGUUAAAAGAUAAAAAUAUAUCUACUGAUACUAAUAAUGAAUUUCAUUUAAAUACAAUCGAUGUAAAUUCUACGAAAAUAAUUAAUGAUCCAUCUUCUUCGUUAUCGAAUUCGUUUGAACAAACUCGUACUACAUCUUUGAACACUGAUGAUAUCGAUUUAUAUAAUUUAUCAUCGUCAAUAGCAAAUACUUUGAACAGUGAAAUCAUAUCGGAACCAUUUGUAACUGUAAAAAAUCGUCGUCGUUUAAUAAAAGAACGUCGCCAAGAUAAUAAUGUAUCUGCACGUGCAACGCAUUUUCUUCCGUCAUCAACAUCUGUGAAAACCAAUGAAAAACGACGUAUUCCAUCAAGCAUGAAAAAUGGCUUUACACGUCCGAUAGCAGGCAAUAAUCUUUCAAAUAAUAAACCUAAUAUUUCUCCUAUAAAAAAAGAAGAAGUGAACAAUCAAAUUCCUUCUGAACCUGUACGUAACGUGCCUCUCCGAUCCGAAGAACCAUCAUCUUCAUCUCCCAAUGUAAAUUCUACUACUGAAAAGCCACAACAACUAUCAUCUCGCUCAUCAUCAUCGUCUUUGUCGUCAUUAUUAAAACGACAAUCAAAACAACCGCCUGUUAUUUUUCUUAACAAAUCCAUUGAUAUUGAAUUGAAUGAUGUUUCAUUUGGUUUCGACAUUGACUCAACAACAUUGAAUAAAUCAUCCGACGAGGAUAAUAAUAAUCAAGCGAUAACAACCAAAGUUGAUGUCGAUGCAACAAAUACAUCAAUAUCGUCAUCAUCGGAUCAGCCUAACCAGUUGAAUGAUACAUUAAAUGAUUCUCUAACACAAAAGUCGAAUCGAAAAUUUCAACAACGAAAUAAUCGUUCACCACAAUUUUAUUCAGGUUCGGACAUUCGUCCUCAUCAGCAACGUGCUUAUCCAGCACAGCCUAUGCCACAAACGUCGUAUAUAGAUCCUCUUCUUCUUUUACAAUAUAAUCAACGUUUAGCCAAUUAUUCUCAACAUGUAGCCUACAUGAAUUUACUACGUGCACAGUAUAUGCAAUCUCAAUCUCAAUAUGUUUAUCUGCCGACGACAUAUGCAACAACUGCAACAGCAAAUGAAGCUGACUCGGAUGAUACUACAAAUGAAACAUUAUCGGAUCAAGUUCAAGAACCAUUACUUGUCUAUGCAACUCCAACAGGUUCAUUUUAUUACCCGUCGUCAACAGUUAAAAAAUCUCCAAUAGAUCUCGAACAACAACAGCAAUCAGCUGCUCCUAUUCCAACAGUUUAUACAGCACCACCUAUGUACCCAUCACCUUAUUUUUAUCCAUCACAUGCAUCACAUUUAAUACCAUCACAUCCAGCUUAUUUUCAACCAAUACCAGCAUCAUCGUCAUCAUCAUUGUUAAUAGAUACGAAACUCGAACAAAAUACUAUGGAUAUCGAUGAUGACGAUUAUAAAAAUUCAACAAAUUUACAUCCUCAAAUACGUCAGCAAUCAUCAUCAGAUAUUAUGUCUAAUGCGUUACAACUUGUUUAUAGCCAACAACGACGAAAUGCUCAAACAGAUCGUUUUAAUCUCGAUGAUUUAACUGCUUAUUUAGCAAUGAAAUGGACAGAUACCGUUGAUCACUAUGAACAAGGUACACUAUGUAAACCAAUGUUACAUUGA